AUGGCUUCUCAGAUACUCAGACGAACCCUCGGAAGCCGCUAUCUCUCAAACCCUAAAUCCCUCUCUUCCGCCUCCACUCCGAUCCGUGCCACUCUUUUCCCCGGUGACGGUAUCGGUCCCGAGAUCGCCAAUUCCGUCAAACAGGUAUUCCAAGCUGCUGAAGUUCCAAUUGAAUGGGAAGAGCAUUAUGUAGGGACCGAAGUUGACCCUAGAACACAGAGCUUUCUUACAUGGGAAAGUUUAGAAUCGGUAAGGAGAAAUGGGAUUGGCUUGAAAGGGCCAAUGGCCACCCCUAUUGGAAAAGGGCAUCGUUCAUUAAACCUUACUCUCAGAAAAGAACUUAAUUUAUAUGCAAAUGUUCGACCUUGUUACAGCCUUCCUGGCUAUAAAACUCGAUAUGAUAAUGUAGAUCUUGUCACAAUUCGUGAAAAUACGGAAGGCGAGUACAGUGGACUUGAACAUCAGGUUGUGAGGGGUGUAGUAGAGAGUCUCAAAAUCAUUACGCGCCAUGCAAGUUUAAGGGUGGCUGAGUAUGCUUUUCACUAUGCCAAGGCACAUGGAAGAGAAAGAGUGUCUGCUAUACACAAAGCCAAUAUUAUGCAAAAGACUGAUGGUCUUUUCCUGAAGUGUUGCCGUGAGGUUGCUGAGAAAUAUCCAGAGAUAGUGUAUGAGGAAGUUGUCAUUGACAAUUGCUGCAUGAUGCUUGUGAAAAAUCCUGCACUUUUUGAUGUGUUGGUGAUGCCUAACCUUUAUGGUGACAUAAUCAGUGACCUUUGUGCUGGCUUGAUUGGAGGAUUAGGCUUGACACCCAGCUGCAACAUUGGCGAGGAAGGUAUUGCACUUGCUGAGGCUGUACAUGGUUCAGCACCUGAUAUUGCCGGGAAGAAUUUGGCUAAUCCAACUGCUUUGCUGCUAAGUUCUGUUACUAUGUUGCGCCAUAUCGAUCUCCACGAUAAAGCAGACCGAAUUCAAAAUGCCAUCCUCGGCACAAUUGCAGAAGGGAAAUACCGAACUGCUGAUCUUGGUGGCACUUCACAGACAACUGAGUUUACAAAAGCAAUUAUUGAUCAUCUUUGA